AUGGAGUCAGGAAAGCAGCUAACAGGCACUUUGGCCCUGGCUGUGUUCACAGCAGCUCUGGGGUCUCUGCAGUACGGUUACAGUCUGGGAGUCAUCAACGCACCCCAAAAGGUUAUUGAAAGGCAUUAUGGGCGAUCCUUGGGAGUGUGGUCAGACAAGGCCGCCGUCCUAUCAGAGAACAGCACAAAGGAAGAUGAGCUCCUGGAGGCGGGUGCACACCCUGAUGUGGUCAUGUAUUGGUCACUGUCGGUGGCAAUAUUUUCCAUUGGUGGGAUGUUCUCCUCCUUCCUGGUGGGAUUUGUGGGAGACCUGCGAGGCAGAAUAAAGGGGAUGUUAAUGGUCAAUGUGCUGGCUGUAGCUGCUGGACUGUUGAUGGGGUUAUGUAAAAUGUGGAAACCUCACAUCAUGGUCAUCUCAGGCCGCGCUGUCAUGGGUCUUUACUGUGGGCUGACAUCUGGUUUGGUGCCUAUGUACAUCGGAGAAAUUGCUCCCAAGGCGUACAGAGGGGCUCUGGGUACAUUACACCAGCUGGCAAUUGUCAUUGGUAUCCUAAUCAGCCAGGUGAUAGGCCUGGACUUCCUGCUUGGCAAUGAUGAUAUGUGGCCCCUGCUGCUGGGUCUGUCUGGGGCCCCGGCGGUAUUACAGUCCCUCCUGCUGCCUUUGUGCCCUGAGAGCCCGCGCUACCUCUACAUCAAACUGGGCAAAGAGCAAGAGGCCCGCAAGAGUCUGCGCCGCCUGAAAGGGGAGUAUGUCCCAACCUCUGAUCUGGAAGAGAUGAGGAGAGAGAAGGAGGAAGCAGAGAAGGAGGCCAAGGUCUCCAUCCUGUCUUUGAUCCGCUCCACAGUCUACAGACAGCAGCUGUUUGUGGCCCUCAUGAUGCAUCUCUCCCAGCAAUUCUCAGGCAUCAAUGCGAUCUUUUAUUACUCCACGGCUAUCUUCUCCCGAGCUGGUGUCAGCCAGCCGGUCUAUGCCACCAUAGGAGUCGGCGUCGUCAACACCAUCUUCACUCUCGUGUCUGUUGCUCUGGUGGACAAAGCUGGGAGGCGCACUCUGACUCUGGUCGGUCUGGGAGGGAUGUGCUGCUGUGCCGUUGCAAUGACAGUGGGCCUCAGACUUCAGAAUGAGUAUGCAUGGAUGAGCUACGUCAGCAUGACAGCGAUCUUCCUCUUCGUGUGCUUCUUUGAGAUUGGCCCUGGUCCCAUUCCAUGGUUCAUAGUGGCCGAGCUGUUCAGUCAGGGGCCUCGGCCGGCAGCCAUCGCUCUAGCUGGCUGCUGCAACUGGACCAGCAACUUCAUCGUAGGCAUGACCUUCCAAUACAUAGAGGUUUUCUUGGGGAGUUACGUUUUCAUCCUGUUUGCUGGGUUGCUUCUGGUCUUCACGAUGUUUACUUAUCUUCGCGUCCCUGAGACAAAGGGAAAAACAUUUGAGGAGAUCUCUGCUGUCUUCCAGAAGGGGCGAAAAAAGCCACUGAACUCCAAAGAUGAUACAGAGCUGGAGCAACUCAAAACGGUCACAGAGGCAUGA